AUGUUCACAUGCACAUUCGCCGGUUGCGUAAAAGUUUUUUCUGCUAAACAAAAUUUGUUGCGUCACGCUAAAACACAUGAUGGUAUUAAAUUUCAAUGCGCUCUAUGUCCGAAAAUGUUUACGCGUAAAGACACCCGAGCCGAACACAUUAAAAUUAUUCAUCGUGAUGGAACAGUCGCCCCACUGACUAUUAUUCCGCAGGCCAGGCCAUCGAAUACCGUCGCUGGACCAUCAUAUACCGCAGGACUAUGGAAUGAACAUUCGACCGUGUCAUGGACGAUCGACAAGAAAAAUGACGAAUCAUAUACUGUAGUAUGUCAAGCCAUCGAAGAUACAGGACUUUACGAUAACAAAGGUGAGAUUUCUUUUAUUAUGCCCCACCACAAAGGAAUUAGCAAGGGAAUUAGUUUUAAUUUAGGUUUUCCCUUCUCACAUUAUACCUCAACACCACUGAUUUCGAAGAGUUCCAUGAAACUAGAAAAGUGUUUAACAAUGAAGAUUUGCCACUUGUCAUGAGAAAAGGAGUUUACCCGUACGAGUACACGAACAUUUGCGGAAAAUUGGAGGAAGAGUCAUUACCGGAGAAGGCAGAUUUUUAUAGCACGCUGGCGGAAGAAAAAAUCAAGGACGAGGAGUACGAGUAG